AUGUACCUCUCCACCAUCUCCACGCUGCGGCUGCUUGGCCCCUGCCUCGGCUUUGUCCUCUCCUCCAUCGUCCUCAGCUUCUACGAGGACCCGCUGAUGGAGCCGGGCAUCGACAGCCAGGACCCGCGCUGGGUGGGCGCUUGGUGGAUCGGCUUCCUCGUCCUCUGGUUCGCCAUCACCCUCGCCUCGCUGCCCAUGUUCCUCUUUCCGCGGCAGUUUCGCGACCUCAAGUCGAAGGUCUCCACGCAGACGAACGCCCUCGCCGGCCUAAGUGCACAGGGCCUGUCCGAGUCCUUCCGCCGCCUCUCCCGCAACGGCCUCCUCCUCUUUCACAUCUUCGGGGGCGUCUUUCGCAUCAUCGGCUACUUUGGCUUCUACAUCAUCAAGCCGAAAGAGGUGAGCCCUUGCAAUGUAGACUGCCUCUGUACGACGCAGGUGUACCAGCCGGUGUGCGCCGCCGACGGCGCCACCAACUACUUCAGCCCCUGCUUUGCCGGCUGCACGCACUUUGAUGGCGCCCUGCAGAAGUUCGGCAACUGCUCCUGCAGCGGUUUGCUGUCCACUGGAGCCACGGAAGCGACUGCGACAAAUGGGCUGUGCGAACGGGAGUGCGACACCUUUCCCUUCUUCAUCGGCAUUCUCAGCCUCUGCAAUCUGGUGGCCUCCACUGCCCGAACGGGCGACACGCUGCUCACGCUGAGAUCGGUGGACCAGCGCGACAAGAGCCUGGCGAUGGGCCUGGUGGGCACCAUCCUCGCCGUCUUCGCCUUCAUCCCCUACCCGAUCAUCUUCGGGCGCAUCAUCGACGCCACCUGUCUGGUGUGGGAGAGUACCUGCGGCCAGACGGGCAACUGCUGGCUCUACGACAUGGACCGCUUCAGGGUGUACUUUCACAGCACCGCCGUCGUCUUUCUCCUCCUGGGCAUCUCACUGGAGGUGGGCGCCGUGGUGAUGGCCGGCUCAGUGCGAAACCUGUACGAGGACGAGGAGGAAAAUCGGCAGGAGGAGGAGGAGGAAGGGAAGCCUACGGGUGAAUGCAGUACUUCUGGCGACGACAGAGGCGAUGGAGAUGGUGCUCGCAAUGGAGUGAAGCUGAAGGCGUUGCA